GCCUCCUCCCCGUCCGCCCCGCCCCGUCCCACCCGGCUCCGCAGCCCCGCGCAUUAGCUGACUUGCAGAGUCCCCGCCGCGGGGAUGGGCGCGCUGCUCCGAGCGCUCCUGCUCCCGCUGUUGGCGCAGUGGCUCUUGCGCGCAGUCCCCGCGCUGGCCCCGGCGCCCUUCACGCUUCCCCUCCAGGUAGCCGCAGCCACGAGCCGCGGAUCCUUGGCCGUUCCCGGGCUCGGGACGCCUGAGAUGCCCCGUGCAGAUGGCUUAGCGCUAGCGCUGGAGCCCGCCGGGGCUGCCGCCAACUUCUUGGCUAUGGUGGACAACCUGCAGGGGGACUCUGGCCGCGGCUACUACCUGGAGAUGCUGAUCGGGACCCCGCCGCAGAAGCUACAGAUUCUUGUGGACACUGGAAGCAGUAACUUCGCUGUGGCAGGUGCCCCACAUUCCUACAUAGACUCCUACUUUGACUCAGAGAGAUCCAGCACAUAUCACCCCAAGGGCUUUGAUGUCACUGUGAAGUAUACACAGGGAAGCUGGACUGGCUUUGUUGGUGAGGACAUUGUCACCAUCCCAAAAGGCUUCAACAGCUCUUUCCUGGUCAACAUUGCCACUAUUUUUGAGUCUGAGAAUUUCUUUUUGCCUGGGAUUAAAUGGAAUGGAAUUCUUGGACUUGCUUAUGCUGCCCUGGCCAAGCCAUCAAGCGCUCUGGAGACCUUCUUUGAUUCCCUGGUGGCCCAAGCAAAGAUUCCAGAUAUUUUCUCCAUGCAGAUGUGUGGGGCUGGAUUGCCAGUAGCUGGAUCUGGUACCAACGGAGGUAGUCUUGUCCUAGGUGGGAUUGAACCAAGUCUGUAUAAAGGAGACAUCUGGUAUACCCCAAUUAAAGAGGAGUGGUACUAUCAGAUAGAGAUCCUGAAAUUGGAAAUUGGAGGCCAGAGCCUUAACCUGGACUGCAGAGAGUAUAAUGCAGACAAGGCCAUUGUGGACAGCGGCACCACACUCCUGCGCCUGCCCCAGAAGGUGUUUGAUGCGGUGGUGGAAGCUGUGGCACGCACAUCUCUGAUUCCAGAGUUUUCUGAUGGCUUCUGGACAGGGGCCCAACUGGCAUGCUGGACAAAUUCUGAAACGCCGUGGGCAUAUUUCCCUAAGAUCUCUAUCUAUCUGAGAGAUGAGAACUCCAGUCGCUCCUUCCGGAUCACCAUUCUGCCACAGCUCUACAUUCAGCCCAUGAUGGGAGCUGGUCUCAAUUAUGAGUGUUACCGUUUUGGUAUCUCCUCUUCUACAAAUGCACUGGUGAUUGGUGCCACCGUGAUGGAGGGCUUCUAUGUGGUCUUUGACAGAGCUCGGAAGAGGGUGGGGUUUGCAGCGAGUCCCUGUGCAGUUUCCAAGGAUCAGGCAUGGAGACUGGUUGAGCUGACUGGGUCUUGCUCUGAGUGUGAUCAUCACCUGCAGCCAUCCAACGUCUGCAGAUGCUGCUUCCAAGCUCACUCCUAUGGUUGUUGGCAAGAGUCCCUGCUCAUUGCCAUGAGGGCAUCACCACAACUUGCCUGAGUGUCCUCAGAAUAGCACCUGGUCCUCUCUGAAUGAGUUGUCCACGAAAGGGUACCACAAAACCCUUAAGAGAUAAGCUGAAGACUUUCUGUAGCCCAGUUUCAGUGGUAGUGCUAUUGUUUAUGACAUGUUCUGUUGGUUCUGCAGUGUGGAGGAGGAGAGUAUAUGGGUUAAAUAUUAGGAAAUGGAUCUCAAGUGGAACAGCAUCUUAUCCUGAAUUCUGUCUAUUGUAGAUUGGUGGUGAUUCAUUGUCAAUUUGACACAACCUACAGUCACCAGAGAAGAGAGCAUAUGACAAGAGAUUCUCUAGGUCAGGUUGUUCUGUGGGAGAUUGUCUUGAUAACAUUGUUCAGGUGGGAAGGCAUUGUGGGUGGUACCAUUCCCUUGGUUUCAGUCCUGGACUGUGUUGCAUACAAAUAGACAUGCAUGAAUUCAUUCUCUUUCUGCUCUUGACUGUGGACAUGAUAUGACCAGGUGCUUCAAGUCUCUCUCUCAACUCCCUAAAAUAAUGGACUAUGACCCUAAAAUAGUGGCAGAAGAAACCCUUGCUCCAUGAAGUUCUGUCAGGAUAUUUUGUCACAGCAACAGAAGUAAAACUAAGACAGGCAUGUGGCAAAACAUACUUUCCUUAGUUACUUGACUUUAUUUUCAAUUUAUGUUACUGUUGUGAAACUAUGUGUGUUCCUUGUCAACUUGAUCUCUUUGCUAAAUAAUGUAUGUUCUAAAUGUUCUGUGUUAAUACUCUCUUUAACUGCUACAUCAUACCACAUUGUCUGAGUAUACUACCCAGGUUAUCUAAUAAACCUUUUAGAGACAUAGCACAAAAUAUAAAAGCAAUUACUACUCUA